AUGAUUGGAAGCAUCGAUUGCAUGCACUGGCAGUGGAAGAUCUGUCCUACUGCUUGGCAAGGAGAGUACGGGAAUCGGAAGGGCCAAAAAAGUAUAAUUUUGGAGGUCGUAGCUUCAUUCGACUGUUGGGUUUGGCAUGCCUUCUUCGGGGUUGCCGGAUCUCAGAAUGACCUCAAUGUCCUUGGUCAAUCCCCGGUGUUCGACGAGGUAUUGCGAGGUCAUUCCCCCCAGGUCACGUACCAAAUCAACAAUACCGUUUACUCUGGUGCGUACUACAUUGCCGACGGAAUUUAUCCUAGGUGGACGACAUUCGUGAAAACAAUUCCGAAUCCCCAAUCCGAGCAGGAAAGAAACUUUGCUUCCUUUCAAGAAGGUUACAGGAAAGACGUGGAGAGGUGUUUCGGUAUCUUGCAAGCUCGUUGGGCAAUUAUUAGAACUGCUGCUCGGAUGCUAGAUGAGGAGGUGCUGCGGAGUAUUAUGAUGACUUGCAUCAUCCUCCACAACAUGAUUGUGGAGGAUGACUAUGACUAUGACGCUCCAGAGGUGUUUGAACCCGAUCCAAUGAACACAUCGUUGAUAAGAAUAUAUGAAAGGCCGAUUGGACCAAAUGGACUACCACUGGAGCCCAAACCGUUACUUCGGGAUGGUCAAUUCAACAACCCAAUGAUUGAUCGGUAUCAAGAAAUGCAAUCUUCAUAUGUUCACGAGAUACAUCAAGGUGACUUGGUCGAGCACUUGUGGGAGAUGAAAGGCAAUCACAAUGGAUGA